AUGCCCUCCCUUGCUAUGUCAGCGUCAGACGCAUGUCCCAUUGGGCACGUUAGCAUAAACGUCUCUGGGGUGGGUGACGGGUUGUAUUAUGGAUACGCUCUUUCGACUGCGCUUUUUGGUAUAACGAUCGUACAGGCCUGGAACUACCUCAACGCGAAUACAGAUGGAUGGCUUAUGCGUUCACUAGUGGUGUUUCUAGUAGCCAUGGACGCUGCUGUGACUGGUGUUAACACACAGAUUUUGCAUCACUACCUCAUUGAUAACUUUGGGAAUACGGAUCAAAUGGAGAUUAUCAUCCAUUCAUUCGACGCAGAGAUAAUGAUGACCGCUGUCGUUGUUUUGAUCGUCGAACUGUUCUUUGUUGUCAGAAUAUAUAAACUCAAUUCUGAAAACUGGCUCGUUCCUGCCGUCAUUCGCUGGGAAGUUUUGGUGAGUUUAUGUUCGAUUUCCGAGCAUUACUCCUUAUUUUGGAUGCAAUCAGGUUCGUGUACUGCUUUUGUUGUUGCGCAAAUUCAAGACGACAAUUUCGCGGGACUUAGUAAAAAGGACAGAGUGGGAACUAUAUCAGCGUUCAACGGCUCCGCGGCCCUUGCAGAUAUCCUUAUUACAAUCGCCUUGUCUUGGAAUCUUUCCCAGAACCGGUCAGCGAUCUCUCGAACAAAUAAUGUUAUCCAAAAAAUGCUCACCUAUAUCAUCAACCGGGGACUGUUGGUGACUGUCGUACAGACUCUAACGCUGAUUAUGUAUAGCGUGGAACAGACGGAUUUGCACUGUGUCAGGAUGCCCACACACUUGUGUAUAAACAAGAUAUAUGUUAUCACGAUGCUGGCCAUUUUGAACACUCGACCGGCUCUCCGUGAGCAGCUCAAUAGCGCUGUAGCGGAUAGUCUUGUGUUCAACAGUACUAGUACUCCCUCGAAUAGUCGAUUUCCAGUCGUUCGUAGCCAGGUAGGUAACGACGUUGACAUCUCGGAUCUUGGUUUGAGAGAGCAAACGAUUGAGUUUUCGCAGGCUCAUGGCUCUAAUGAUCAGUUGCAUGAUGGGUCGUAUGGGAAAGCCGCAGGAGCUGGGAUUGUGGCAACGAUGCCUGGAGAUCUGGAGGAACGAUAA